AUGAUCGUCUUCGAGCGCCUGUGCCUUCGAGACGAGAUCAUGGCGUCGGCCAACCCGGAGCAGGCGUGGCGCGAGCUCACGACUACAAGCCCCGGGGUCGUCGCGCGUGUGGCGCAGGCCGAGCGUGAGUUUGCCGUCUACCAGCGCCGCGACGGUGUCUUCAGCCGGCCGUCGGUCCUCGAGAACGCGAAGAACAUGGAGCCGGCAGCGUGGUGGGGGAUGUAUGGCAAGCACUUGCCGCUGCUGUCGGCCAUUGCACCGCGUGUGCUCGCGCAGGCCGCCGCCGCUUCCGCCGCCGAGCGCAACUGGUCAGUCUAUGGCCAGAUCCAGGGCGCCCACAAAUCUCGCAUGUCUCACGGCACCGCGGACAAGCUGUGCCACGAAGCGAUGCAUGUGCAGUUGCGCAUGCAAGAUGCAGGGUGGAGCGCAGACGUGGAGCGUUGGGAGUCGGAUGAGGACACUGACGGAUCAAAGGAAGAAAGUGAGCAACCUGAUGGCUGA